UUCACUCUGGGCUUUGUGUGAGCGCGCAGCAUCGGUGGCACUGUGUGUUAGCGCAUGUCGGAGAGAGCAGACCCAGACAAGAGAGACCAAAAGCAUUCUCUCUGCACACAGACAAACCAAGAAUCAUUCUGUCUGCUGUCGAGGAAGACUAGUAGCGGAUAGAAAAAAAGUAACAAAGGAAAUAGACUCAAAGAGAGAGCGAGGAAAAACUGGACUGCCUAAGACGAGAGGAAUAUUCUAUCACUCAUUCACACGUGUGUGUGUGUGUAUAUACAGUCACACACACAGCAGACUUGUAUCGGUGAAGCCAGCAUACUCACUCACACUCUCAGACAGUAAAAAAGGGAGGAAGCUGCCUGGAUCUUGCCAAAGAGGUGUGUGUGUGCAGCGAGAGGAGAAUGGAGGGCUCGGUGUCUGUGGCCCCAGCAUGCAACUCCACAACCACCAACGCGUUGCUAAACAACCACUGCGCCGAUGACAGUAUCUCGGCGGCGAGUGCGUCUGACGUGCAGGAUCGUCUGUCGUCUUUGGAGCUGCGUGUCCAGCAGCAAGAGGAUGAGAUCACCGUGAUGAAGGCGGCGCUGGCCGACGUGCUGCGACGCCUGGCGCUCUCCGAGGACACGGCCACCACCGCCAAGAAACAGACUAGCACCAAAGGCCAGACUCCCCUGCGCGAGGCCUACUCUAUGUCCUGCAUCGCCAACGGCAGCUCCAGCAGCCGCAAGCCCAGCCACAGAGACCGAGACAGCUCCACAGUUUCCGUCACCAGGAAGGAUACCUUCUCCUCAGCUGCCAAGAGCGGUCAGACAGCGGAGAGGAAAAAGGACAAGCCUCAGAUGGAGGGCAUCAAGGAGAAGGAGGAGGGGCCCUCCCAGCCCAACCAGGCUAACGAUAAACCCUCCCCUGCCAGCCCCGUACAGCCCUCUCCGUCCCCCUCCGUCUCCAGCCACCCCUCCUCACCCCACCCCCCUCAGUCCCAAAGGCAGGCCCCGGAGAGCAAGGGCACCUCCCCAGCCAAAAGGGGUCACAGUGCGAAGCGGGGCACGGGAAUGGAGCGUUCACAGAGUAGUACCUGGGAGAGUGGCGAGGAGAGCAGGAACAAACUGGUGAAGGCUGCUUCCACCUCCAAACUGCUGGCCAAGGUGGCGAAGAACGCAGACAAGCAUAAAGACCCAGUGAUCAGCCAAGAGGGAGACUACAUCAAGAUGUUCAUGCGAGGUCGCCCCAUCACCAUGUUCAUCCCCGCGGACGUGGAGAACUARGAGGACGUGCGCACAGAGCUGCCUCCGUGGAAACUCAAACUUGAGUGGGUGUACGGCUACAGGGGGAGAGACUGCAGAGCCAACGUGUACCUGCUCCCUACAGGGGAGAGUGUAUACUUCAUAGCCUCCGUGGUCGUGCUCUUCAACUACGAGGAGAGAACACAGCGCCACUACCUUGGCCACACUGACUGUGUCAAAUGCCUUGCCGUUCACCCCGAUAAGAUCCGCAUUGCCACGGGACAGAUUGCGGGAGUGGACAAGGACGGCCGGCCGCUGCAGCCCCACGUGAGGGUGUGGGACUCGGUGAGCCUGUCCACCCUGCAGGUCAUCGGCCUGGGCACCUUUGAGAGAGGGGUGGGCUCCCUGGCCUUCUCUAAGGCGGACUCCGGUACACACCUGGCGGUGAUUGACGAUUGUAACGACCACAUGUUGACUGUCUGGGACUGGCAGAAGAAAUCCAAAAUAGCUGAAAUCAAGUCUACAAAUGAGGUGGUGCUUGCGGUGGAGUUCCACCCUACUGAUGCCAACACCAUAGUAACCUGCGGCAAGUCACACAUCUUCUUUUGGACCUGGGCUGGCACCUCGCUGGCACGCAAGCAGGGCAUCUUCGGGAAAUACGAGAAGCCCAAGUUUGUUCAGUGUCUGGCCUUCCUCAACAACGGGGACAUCCUGACUGGAGACUCUGGAGGCGUCAUGUUGAUUUGGAGCCGGAGCACAGUGGAGCCGGCCCCAGGGAAAGGCCCCAAAGGUGCGUACCAGAUCAGUCGUCAGAUCAAGGCCCAUGAUGGCAGUGUUUUCACUCUGUGUCAGAUGAGGAAUGGGACCCUGCUGACCGGAGGGGGCAAGGACCACAAGAUCAUCCUGUGGGACCACGGCCUCAACCCAGAGAGGGACAUAGAGGUCCCGGAUCAAUAUGGAACCAUUCGUGCUGUGGCUGAGGGCAAGGGCGAGCAGCUUUUGGUGGGCACUUCGCGUAACUUCGUCCUGAGGGGGACGUUUAAUGACGGCUUCCAGGUGGAAGUCCAGGGUCACACAGACGAGCUGUGGGGGCUGGCCUCUCACCCCUUCAAGGACCUGUUCCUCACCUGUGCCCAGGACAGGCAAGUGUGCCUGUGGAAUUCUGUGGACCACUGCUUGGAAUGGACCAGGCUGCUGGAUGAGCAUGGCCACUGUGCAGACUUCCACCCUAGUGGUGCUGUUGUGGCCAUCGGUACUCACUCAGGAAAGUGGUACGCUCUGGAUGCGGAGACCAGAGACCUGGUGGCCAUUCAUACAGACGGCAAUGAGCAGCUGUCAGUCAUGCGCUUCUCCGUAGAUGGCACCCUGCUGGCAGUGGGAUCACAUGACAACUUCAUUUACCUCUACACCGUGUCGGACAAAGGGCGCAAGUACACAAGAUACGGGAAGUGCAUUGGACAUUCCAGCUACAUCACACAUCUUGACUGGUCCCCCGACAACAAGUUCAUCAUGUCCAACUCAGGAGACUAUGAGAUCCUCUACUGGGACAUUCCAAAUGGCUGCAAGUACAUCCGUAACCGCUCCGAGUGUAAGGACAUUGACUGGGCCACCUACACCUGUGUGCUGGGCUACCAUGUCUUCGGAGUGUGGCCUGAGGGUUCUGAUGGCACAGACAUCAACGCCCUGAUCAGGUCCCACAACAGGAAGGUGAUCGCUCUGGCUGAUGACUUCUGCAAAGUGCACCUCUUCCAGUACCCCUCGCGCCCAGACCCAGCACCGAGCCACAAAUAUAGCGCCCACAGCAGUCACGUGACUAAUGUGACCUUCAUGCACAACGACAGUCACUUGGUGUCCACGGGCGGAAGGAGUACCAGUGUCAUGCAGUGGCGUCUGGUGGAGAAGACCCCCUCAUUGGCCCAGCGACUCUUUCCCUCUCUCUGGGGGAGGGCUCCUGCAUAACUCCAACCCCGCGGCACCAUGCCAGCGGUGCCCUGACUCCGCACCCCACCGAGCCAGCCGUGACCCCAAUCGCAACCCCAACUCCGCCCACAGUCCUCGACCUGACCUCUGACCCCCCAGCGGUGCCCUGCGGUGGUACGGCCAUCGUCACACCGCCCACCGAGCCCACGACCAAUGGACGGCAGGAGAGCUCCCCUGAAACAACUCCCCCCCCCGGGCUGACCCACCCCGCUCAGAUUCUACCCACCCCCCCCACAGCACGCUGAGCCCCAAGGACAGCCUGGACCCCAGCGAUGACACGGCCACUCCUAGCGACGAGGGCCGCCCUUUCACCCCACCCUCGUAAAGAGCGUCACUUGUGAUGCAGCCUAGUGCGCUCUCCUGCUCAGCACUCCCCCCUGGAGGCACCUCGAUGUCACUGCGUCUCUCAGGAGAAGCGCAGCAGGGUUCAAUAUUUGCUGUUCAGGUUUCCUUUGUUUUUCUUUUUCGUUUAUUUUCAUGCUCUUCUUUUUGUUUUGUUUUGAAGUCUGUGUUAAUUGGAUAAGAAUGGAUGGUGUAAGUGAGACAAGCAGUGAUAUUAGUGGCUGAUGUUUUUUUCUUUACGCUGUCGCUCCGCCUUGUGUGAGGAGAGAAUGUCGUGGCUGUUCUGGGUCAUACGGUUAAGUCAAGUCUGCAGAUGAAAGCUCUGAGAGAGUGACACACAAGCACACAGACGCACAAACACUAGCACCAAUACACAAAGACACACAAAAUCACACUCCAACAUCACUCCUUGAUCAGACAAACAGAUGCAGGAUCAUUUACACAGUUCAAAUAUCACGGUAAUGUUGCUAUCAUAGAUACUCGUAUAGUACUUGAUACCAUGUAUUACUUAUGUCUUUAUACACAAGUAUAUUAUGCUACAAGAGCCUAGUGCCUCUUCCCUGAGCCUAGCUAAUGCCAGGCAGGUACCCCUGGCUAAUGCUCACUCCCCAGUCCAGCCCUUUGUCAAUACUCAUCAUAUAGUCUCUAGGCUAUGUUACCAUAGAAACUUAAACCUAAUCCUAGCUCAAUAAUGCAACAACACACCAUAGCGUACUGUGUGACCACACACAACCAGUUUUACACAUGCAGCUAAAGGCACACACACUCCAUCACUCUGGACUUUCAAUCAGGUGUGUGUGUGUGUGUGUGUGUGUGUGUGUGUGCGCGCGCCUGCAGACUGCUUCAGGGCAAUAAGCUGUUCUCUCUGGUAGAGUCCCUGCAGGAAGCUCAUCCAUCCAGCCUCGCUGUAAAGGCAAAAAAGGACUCUGAUGAAUAAUGGUCCAUAGGAUAUCCUGUGGCCAUGGACAUUACGACCACACUGAACCACCAGCGACACACGUACCCAGGUGACUCUCUCGCCUGCUCGCCCUACCUUAACGUGCUACCAUUUUUUUUUUGCGUUUCUUUUCAUUUUCAUUUAGGAUUUCGACCUUUUUAAAAACUCAUUCUGGGGAGUGUUCCUUCUCUGCUCUAUGGACUGAGAUGUUUUUAAGAAAAAAGUUUUUUUUUUUUUUUAAGUCUUAAGUGUGUGCGAGCUGCCGUUUACACGUUGUGUCAUUCCGGAGGAGGGUGUGCCCAGCUUCCCCCCCCCCCCCAUUCUGCAGCAACUCAGGACGGGAUCACGCUCACAGGAAUACACAGCCAACAGAGAGAGAGAGAAAGAGAGAGCGAGAGAGACUCUUCUCUUCUACACAGUCUUAUCUUUAUCCCCUCAGUGGGAAUGCGCUGGUACAUUUCCACAGAGGUGGCAUAGGGGAGAGAGAGAAAGGCUCUUCUGUUUUUCAGCUGGGAAUGGAGGAGAGAGAAUGUUUUUUUUUUUAAAUGCCUGUCUAUGACUAGGGAGAGAGAGUCCAAGGGUUUUCUAUGACAAGGACGACUGAAGAAAGGUGGAAGGGAUAUGUACUAAGGCAUACUGUAUGUGUUGCAAUGCACAGUAAAAGUUUAGCUAGUUAUACAGGAUUGAAUGAUGGAAGUAUUUUUCCAGGUUUGUUAUUAUCAGAAAGAAGAGCGAGGACUGUGUAGAAGGCACGUGGUGUAGAUUCAUAUUUUGUUUUAUAUCCUCUCUGUCAGAGAGAGAGAUUAGCGAGGGACUGUAAGUAAAGUGCAUGUCAYUGACGGUGUGGUACGGUUGGUAGGUGGCAUUGACGGGAUUGUAGGGAAGAGGUAAAGACAUUGGUAAUCCUAGUGAAAGACUGCAUGAGGGCAUGGUUGUAUCAAUGUUAUACGAAUGUUUUCUAACGUUGUCCUCAAAGAUGUAGACUUCCACUUGGUCCACAAAGAACCUCUUUUUAUAAUAUCAUUUUCAGAUUUUUUGUUGUUGUGUUUUUCGCAAAUCAACAGCUUGUGCAACUGGGAAUGCUUUAAUGUAUUGUAGGUCGAUUUGUAGGUCGAUUUAAUGUAGGUAGAUUUUGUCCGUAGUUUGUCCUGUCGUUUUUUUGUCCUGUGGUUCUGUAGUUGUAGUGAACAUGGGAUUGCCUUCCCUGGAUGCUCUGCUUCUUGAGUGCAUAGAACGUGAACACACUUAGUUAACCCCGUACAAUAUCUCAUGACCUCAGAAUACGUCUCCUACAAUGACAGGUGUCAAUGUAUAACUCAUACCCUAGGACAGGGGUGUAUAACUCAUUCCAUGGAGGGCCUAGUGUCUGCUGGUUUCUGUUUUUUCCUUUCAAUUAUGACCUAGGAAACCAGGUAAUCUYACCUUAAUUCACCAAUCAAGUAAAAGGGCGGAGCUAAAACCCAUACACUCGGCUCUCAGUGGAAGGAGUUUGACARGUGCCCUAGGAUAUCUGGAGUCUCUCCAGAACGCUAACACACCUGUUUUCAGGGCGCCAUGUGGUCUUGCUAGAUCUUCCCACCCAAUACUCAUCCAUUUUGUACAUGCAGGUGUGGCUACUUUAUGUAUAUAAUAGUAUGCCUGUGUGUAUGUGUCUGGUUCAUUCAUCUUGAGAUAUACAGGUAACUGCCAAAAUAAAGGAAACGCCAGCAUAAAGUGUCUUAUUAGGGUUUUGGGUCACCACGAGCCAGAACCGCUUCUAUGCACUUUGGCAUAGAUUCUACAAGUGUAUGGAACUCUACUGGAGGGAUGCGA